AUGUCGACAUUCAACGGACUCGUCGCGGAGUUCCCUGACAUACGAAUUGACUUCUUUCGGAGACAUGCAGACCGCCGUCCGCCUCUCGCAUGCUUCCUAAGCCAUAUACACAGUGAUCACUUGGCAGGGCUCGACUCCCUGCGGUCUCCUUUCGUCUACUGCUCCGCAGCCACUCGGGAGAUGCUCCUCCGUCUUGAGCGUUACCCUUGUCGCAUCAAUUACGCCAAAGGUGUUCUCGAGGCACGCGUGCAGACCUACAAGCAUCUGAAGAAUCUGCUCAAGCCGUUGCCCAUGGAGACCCCCACGACGUUGGAGCUGGCGCCGGGUAGUCACAUCCAGGUCACCCUGUUUGACGCAAACCAUUGCCCAGGGGCUGUCAUGUUCCUCAUUGAGGAUUUACAUCACGCCAUUCUCUACACGGGCGACAUCCGGAGCGAGCCAUGGUUCGUGAAUACGAUUGCCAGAAACCCGGCUGUUAUCGAAUACACCUCCGGCAUGAAGACGCUCGAUAAGAUCUAUCUUGAUACCUCUUUUAUCAAGGACAUACCUUUCCAGACCAAGGCCGAGGGUAUCGCAGGAUUACUUCGCAAAGUAGCGCAGUACCCAGACAACACCGUCUUCUACAUCCAAGCAUGGACCUAUGGAUACGAACAGGUCUGGAUAGCUCUGGCCAAAGCUCUCAAGUCCCGAAUCCAUGUCGACGACUACAAGAUGCGCAUCUUCUCAUCGCUCACCGGCAAGACAUCUAGUGAUCGUUUCAGCUCCUCCAUUCAUCUAUGUCCAGAGGCCCCUGCUCUAGCCGGCUACGUGUGUGGUAACACACCCCACCCUGGAUGCCUCACUCGAGAUGAAAAUGUCCGACUUCACAGUUGCGAGAGGGGAAACUUUUGUAACACUGUGAAAAGUUCCAAAGUGGUGUCCAUUCAGCCGGUCAUUGCGCAUCUUCGAAGUGGUGUUGAUAUUGCUGAAGUUGGUGUUGGCGGCGGCGGGGAUGAUUUAGAGCGCGACGCCGAACUCGAUCCUCUAUCAACGGAAGACAUCGCUGCAAUCUCAAAGCUCAUUGAAGAUGCGGACAUCUCUCCAGAGACGAAGCUUCGUCUUUUUGAAUUUCUCGAGACAGGUGCUAAAACCGGGCGCAACCUCUCCCUGGAUCUCGACCUUGCAUCCUUUGGAGAGAAGAAUGAAGCAGCCAUUAUGGACGCAUUUCAAGCAGUUGGUCGAAAGAAACACCUUGAAGAGCAAUCCACACAAAGUUCGGAACCACUAAUAGACGGACCAAGUGGAGAAUUGUCGAGGGUUAUCACGUUUCCGUACUCCCGACACUCGUCCUAUCAAGAGCUAUGCGACCUGGUCCGAAUCUUUCGCCCCAAAGAUGUGUGGCCUUGCACAGUGAACCCUGCCGACUGGCUCAGAAACACCACUAGUAUACGAUACCUCUUUGGCGAUUUCUGCUCUGGCGAUACCUUCGUCCAUGAUAUGGUGAUGGAGAAACUCGCCGAGAGUUUGAGGAUCCUCCAACAACCGCCAUCCCAAGGCUUUGGAGGCAAACAAUUGCCGACAACUGAGGCUCACAUCACGGCGUUGCAUUCUUCGCAUAGUCACGAAAGCAACGCACCCGAACCUUCCGCCGUUGCCAUAGAAGAGACGCUUGUACUGGAACCCGAUACCAACCCCGGUUCCGUCGAGACACGGAUCCCCACACAGGAGCAGCAUGACUUCUCCAGCAGACCAGGAAACUCUCAGGACACUCUGGAGUCUCCGGUUCCGCAUAUUGUACCAACACCACUUGUGUUGACUGCCGAUAUUUCCUACAUUCGGGCGGAUGCAUAUUAUGCCAUGAAGCAAAAUUUCCUCGGCGGGGAGUGGACGCCAAUUGGACUCCUCUCCACGAUUGAUCACCAUACUACUCCAGAUACGGAUCUUGGAAUGGUUUGA